AUGAGGAAGAAUUAUUGAUUGAAGGCGCAGAAAUGCAUGGCUUGGGUAAUUGGGCAGAUAUUGCUGAAUUUAUAGGGAAUCGAACAAAAGAAGAUUGUGAACAACAUUAUAUGAAAACGUAUGUUAAUAGUGAAACAUGGCCACUGCCGGAUAUGAAUGUGAAAUUUCAAAUAGACGAAGAGACGAUGCGUGAACGAAAACGGCGGCGUUUGCAGACAAUAGAAAAUCGUCCCCAAAAUUCAACGCAGAAAACUCCUACAAAGGUUCUACAAAGUUUGCCUGCAAACCAUGAAAUUGCAGGAUACAUGCCACACCGAUACGAGUUCGAAACUGAAUAUGAAAAUGAUGCAGAACUAGUAAUUAAGGAUCUGGAACUGAAUGAGCAAGAUGAUCCACAAGAUUUCGAAAUGAAAACUUACGUUUUGGAAAUAUACAACAAAAAACUGAAUAAACGCGCUGAACGAAAAAGACUAAUAUUUGAACACGGAUUGUUGGAGUUCAGAAAGAAUGUGAGAAAGGAUUACUGCACUGGUUCAUUAAUAAGCACGGCCAAUUGUGCAAUUGAGGAUGAAAAGUAUAAAAGUAAAGAAGAAAAGGAGCUGAUAAAUAGAAUCAGACCUUUUGCACAAUCUUUGUGCAAGAAAGAUUUCGAUGAUCUAAGAGAUGAACUAUUUGAGGAACUAAGCACUCGACUCGAAAUAAGAAAAUUAAAAGAAUAUCGCCAAAUGGGAAUAAUGACACUAAGCGAGGCAAAUAAAUAUGAAAAAGCAAAGGCACAAAAGCAGCAUUCACCAUCAUCAUCUCCUUAUGGUAAUAAAACACUUCCAGCGGCAGCAUCGCCAGUUAUCAGACUAAACGUGCGAAAACAACCACAAGCGUUAGACCUUAACGAUGAAGAAGGAGUACAUUUAUUAUCGGAGGCUGAACGAAGAUUAUGUGAGACUUUACGGAUAUUACCAAAAUCCUAUUUGGUGAUCAAAGAAACAAUUCUUAAAGAAUGGGCGAGAUCGGGUGGAACCCUACGAAGAAGACAAGCUAGAGGUCUUAUAAGAAUUGAUGUUAAUAAGACAGCAAGAAUAUACGACUUUUUUAUAGAGAUGGCUGUCUAA